GGUAUGUAGUUUCCAGUUGGCGACACUGUUUGAAUAAAGGAAGCACGCGUUAGCAGACGAAGUAUUGAAUACAAGAUUGUGAAAAUAAGUUUUGUAGAUGAUGCGAGGGCUAACUGAAGGCCUUAUGUUAAGAAAACUAGAAUAGAAUUGUUCUUCUUGCUCUUGUUUGUUCCUUUGAAGACCACGAUGAUGCCUAAAAGUUUUAAUAUUUUGUGUUUAUUAGUGGCAAUUCAAUGCACUACUUACAAUGAAGAAGGAAUGGCCACACCAAACGGUGAAAUUGCCAGUGAUGAGACUUCAAAUGAAGUAGAUUCUCACUUGCCAUCUGCUGAUGUGGAAGAUGUAUCUGUGAACAAAUUUAUUGAUGAACUACAUAAGCAGUUUGAGGAAGAACAGCAAGUUAAGAUUGCUAAGGAAAGUUUAGAAGCAACUAGUGAAGAUGGUACUCUUGGUGAUGUUCUGUUGCAGACAACUGCACAUGGUGAACAACAGCCAUUUCCUGUCACCAGUCUUCAGCAAGAAGGUGGAAAUCUCACAACCAAUGCUACAAACUUACCAGAUGUGUCAUGUACUGUUGGGAGAGAGGCAGUUGGUCAGCCUGUAGAGCUGGUGAAUUCUACAAGGUUGCUGAAUCUUCUUGUAACUGAACCGAAUGUGACAAAUCGCCGUUCAACAGCAGACUGUGUUGCACUGUUAUUCUACGCUCGUUACUGCCCAUUCAGCAGUAUGGCUGCACCUCAUUUCAACGCUCUCUCACGUGCAUUCCCAGACAUUAAAAUGGCAGCUGUUGAUGCAAUGAAACACCACAGCUUCAACACACAGUAUGGAAUUGUUGGAGUCCCAACUAUGAUGCUGUUUCAUAAUGGGCGACCAGCUGCGAAGUUCAAUGAUUCAGAGUACACCUUGGAGAUGUUCAGUAGAUUUAUAACAAAAUAUACCGGUAUAGAGCCACAAGGUAAGCUGUUUGUGACAUCAGCAGACUUUGGUGGGCCAGUGCCAAGUGUCCUGGUCAAAGAGAAUGACUACUGCCUUGCCCUGUCAUGGAUUUUCAUACUUGUUUGUGGCAUAUACUUCUUCAGCAAGUCCACGUGUUGGCGAUGGAUAGUGGAAACAGUUCAGAAUACUUGGACGGAAGCAGAGGCUCAGCAUGAACACGUGGAAUAAGUACAAGUGAUGCAGUGUGCAUGACGUGUGAAAGGGGUUGAGAGUAUGGAUAAAAUUUGAAGUUCGUGAAUUUGCCUGACACUACACAGGAAUCUGAAACUUUACUGUGACAUGGAAGAUAAGUUUGUAUGAAUAUAUUGUGGGCCAAAGUGUAA